GGAGUUAUGGCUAGAAGGAGGCGUACAAUUGGCCCGCCGCCGAGGUUCAAACGAACAACGUGGGCGGCUAUUGGUUGCGGCGACGCGAGGCGGGCCCCGGGCAUUGUCCGGCUCUAGCUGCGGCGGUCCGACUGCGAGAGCAGCGGCGGCGGCGCGGGGCUGCAGUGGGCGUCGCGCGGCCGAGAUCAUGGCUGGAGGCAAAGCUGGAAAAGACAGCGGGAAGGCCAAGGCUAAGGCAGUGUCUCGCUCACAGAGAGCUGGGCUCCAGUUUCCUGUGGGCCGCAUCCACAGACACUUGAAGACUCGCACCACAAGCCAUGGACGGGUGGGCGCCACUGCUGCUGUGUACAGUGCUGCAAUUCUGGAGUACCUCACAGCUGAGGUGUUGGAGUUGGCAGGUAAUGCUUCUAAAGAUCUCAAAGUAAAGCGCAUCACCCCACGUCACUUACAGCUUGCAAUCCGAGGUGACGAAGAGUUGGAUUCACUGAUCAAGGCUACCAUAGCCGGGGGCGGUGUGAUUCCGCACAUCCACAAGUCUCUGAUCGGAAAGAAGGGGCAGCAGAAAACUGCUUAGGACGUGAGUCACUGACCUGCUGUCCUCACUGUGUGUGACUGGGCAGAGGGUACCAGUCGGUGUAUGGGAAAGCAUAGACAAUUGCUGUAGACAGAAGACACAUUUGUAUGUUUUUAGACUCUCGAAGUUUGAUAAACUCCUUUCCCUGUGGUCAGUCAUGUGUUGAUUGGCCAGGUCUCUCCCUUGUGUUUUAUACAAAAAUAGAAUUGAUAAACAUUUUUUACAAAAGGAA